ACACCGAGUCUCCAAAAAUGCGUCCGGGUUUGGCGGCGUUAGCGUCCGAGAUGCUGAGCGGCGCUGCCUGCAGGGCCAGGCCGAGGCUCGGCAGCCUCUUCCCGGCCGCCGUCACCACAACAGUGCCGCCGAUGUCAGCCGCGGGCACCCGCAGAUUUCGCUCCACGUCCUCCAUGCAGGGAUUCUCGGAGAUGGCGAGAGAGCGGUCGAAGACUGUCACGUCGUUUUACAACCAGUCUGCCAUCGACGUGUCAGCGGAAAAGGCCUCUGUGCGACUGACCCUAGCGACCCUGCUGUAUUCCGGGAAGUCUCCGGACGGACACCACAUCUUGAGCAGUGCCAAGUACCUCCACAAGGAGCUGCCUGUACGGAUCGCCCAUCGCAUCAAGGGCUUCCGCAAUUUGCCCUUCAUCAUUGGCUGCAACCCCACCAUUCUGCAAGUGCAUGAACUGUAUAUCAGAGCCUACCACAUGCUAAUUGACUUUCCUCAGAUCAAGGAUCAGGACGCGGAGGCUCGUUUCUGUAAACUGGUGCAGCAGCUGCUGGACGACCACAAAGACGUGGUCACCAUGUUGGCCCAGGGCUUCAGGGAGUGUCGCAGACACAUCCAGGAUGAGACGAUGCUCCGCAGCUUCCUGGACACAACGCUCUGCUCCCGUCUGGGAAUCCGAAUGCUCGCCACGCACCACCUCGCCCUCCACGAGGAUAACCCUGACUUUGUCGGGAUCAUAUGCAGACGUCUCUCCCCCAAGAAGAUCAUAGAGAAGUGGGUGGACUUUGCCAGGCGUCUGUGUGAACACCAGUACGGUAACUCACCCAGGGUGAGGAUCAACGGACACGUAGCCGCUCGCUUCCCCUUCAUCCCUCUGCCUCUGGAUUACAUCCUGCCAGAGCUCCUGAAGAACGCCAUGAGGGCCACCAUGGAGAGUCACCUGGACACCCCGUACAACGUGCCCGACGUGGUUGUUACCAUCGCUAAUAACGACAUUGACUUUGUCAUCAGGAUCUCAGAUCGCGGCGGCGGCAUCCCGCACAACAUCAUCGACAAGGUGAUGGAUUACCACUUCAGCACGGCCGAGGAGAGCGCGCAGGACCCCCGCAUGAGCAACAUCUUCAACAACAUCACCAACAGCGGGAAUCAGUCCAGCCCGAUGCAUGGGUUUGGCUUCGGCCUGCCGACCUCUAGGGCCUACGCCGAGUACCUGGGAGGCUCUCUGUCCGUGCAGUCCAUGCAGGGCAUCGGCACCGACGUCUACCUGCGUCUGCGCCACAUUGACGGCAAAGGAGAGAGCUUCAGGGUGUAACGCCGGUAAACCUUGUAGAGCCCCGACCUAGGAACCAGGCCACGCGGCAGCGCGGAGGGUUUCCAAACACGAAGGCUGGCAACGACGAGGUCUUCGGUCCCGCAAGAGUCACGACCUCCUGUUUUGUCAGAAAGCUCCUAAAUUCACAAACUCACUACUUAUGAUUUUUUUUUUUUGUUGUUGUUGUUGUUGUUGUUUUUGCCUUAGACUGAUUAUAAGCUAUGUUAGCUCUCAAGUUAAUGAUUUUUCCGUUGUUUUCCCUUUUUGUUUUGCGCCCUGUGGCAUGUCGUCUUGAAGUUGUCGAACUUUUGAAUGUGUGGGUUAUCGGGACAAACCGUGCUUGAGAGUGGGCUGUGGUGGUGAUGAUUGAUGAUGAUGAUGAUGAUGGGAGAUGAAGGAAAGGACAAAGAGCUUCGGUUUUAAAGAAGUUCAGUUUGAAGCCGACGGCGGCGUAGUCUCAAAGUAGAGAUGAUACGAGAUUAAACUUCUGACACACUCCAGCAAAACCCCCUGUCGAAAUCUCUUCACCAAUCCGCUCGCGUGUUCCUCCAUAGUCAGUAGUUGAAUUCACGCAUCCACGGCUUGCAAAAAAGGAAAGCGGUCAGCUUCAGCGGAGUUACGCUUCAGCGCACGCGCCGCUAAAAAACCUCAACCUCCGACGACCCUCAGCCAUAUCCUCCAGAACCUCCCGGGUUCAGCUGUGGCUGACGAAUGCAGGAGAAAACUGCCAAAACACCAAAUGCUCAUUAACAGACGUCCGCGUGGGUCCCGUUUUCAGAGAACAGUCGCGAACAUCUUUGCAGUAUUUUAGCGCUCAGACAGGGGAGCCACCGAGAUGUCCAGCUGCCUUACUGUGAGACAGGCGUAGUCCCUCAACUGCAUGCUGGCUUUUUUUAUUUCAGCGGUUUCCCUUUUUGUUGCCUUUCACGCACACACGAACACAAACACGCGCCGCGUCGCUCAGUUUCAUCAGUUUCACGUCGGAUGUUUUUUGUUUUUUUUUUCUUUUUUGCACAAUAUAUAGAUUUUUCCCCAUUGUAAUGCUCGGCACUUGCACCAAUCACAGCAGCUUUUCACUUUAUUUCUCUCAAACUAAAAAUAUGCCAGAGAAGUAUUGUCUGUCAUUUUUUUUUUUUUUUUUUCACUACAGUUUUUGUAAAGAAGUUGUGUUUCAAGUCAGGUGUCAUUUUGACACAGGUUUUCUAUAAGAUACAUUUCAGGAUGGGUCAGUUCACUGGUAACUAUGGAAAUUAAGAUUUGCAGAAGGUUAUUUUUUUAGGUCAAUUAGUCCAGAUCACAACUUGAUUAUUGCAUCAUCUUGAUUUAUUAUUAUUCAUUUAAUUUACCCACUUCUUUUCUAUUAAUGUAUACAUGUUCACUUCCCUAACAUCACAGCUAAAUAUCUAAAAUAAAUCAGUUUGAAAGGCAAAUAGGUCUCUAUACCUGUUGCAAACUGCCAUAAUCUCUCUCUCUUCCAUGCAAGGAAUCCGCGUGUUUGUAGUCUCUAGUCAUUUGUAGAAAUGAGACAACUACCCGCCUGCUCUGGCACUGACCGUGAGAAAUAUGGCAGAAGAAAAAGAGACCAUUUGCGCUGUCAAAUUAGCAACAUGCGACAAUAAUCAAGUUGCCGAUCUGGAUGAGAAAAUGUCCAGUGAACCUUUCGCCAGCCUGAGUUUCUGAGUUUCCAGCGAUAAAUAAUUAACCGUUCAGCAAUAAACCGGAACCACAGCAUGAGAAUUUACAAGCACUCCUCCUCACAGCGUGUUGAACAUUCCCCAGUGGGCAGCAGUUGUCAACCUUAACGUUACAUUUACACUUUUAUUUAGGAGCAUAUGUUGUUGUAGGAACUAAUACUGUUGGCUCUGUCUCUUUUUUUUUUUUUUUUUUUAAUCUGAAAGGGCAUUAGUCACACUGAGCUCUUAUUAAUUAACAAGAUGGGAAAUCUAUGAACUUUAUAACCCAGUUAGCAGCGUUUCAUUUUAUUGUAGCGCUUAAUCUUGAAAGACUACCUUAUUAAUAUUUUGUUUUCUUGAUCUUACAAAUGAAUUAAUACUUGUCAAAAAGCCUCCUGAUUCCUUAUUUUUUUUUUUUUUCCCCCACUGAGUUUACAUACAUACAAGAUUACCGAUAUAUUUCAGCCGAUGAGACGUCGUGAACGUGAUAUUUUACUUGUAAAAUAUUCAAACUGAAUCCGAUUGAAUUUGUGAAAGGCUCAUUUAUUUGUUGUGAAACUGAAAUAAUCCCACAUAAUUACAAGAGCGACAGAGAGAGAAAACGUAUUAUCUGUACCUGUGUUCUUAUUAAAGAAGUCUAUAUGGAUUAAUGUGCUUAUUGUAGCUUUUGAAGGUCUUGAAGAUAUAUGCAUGUAAAAAUGGGGUGGGGGCGGGGAUACUGGGGGGAACACGACACUGGUAAACAAUGUUUAAAGGUGUGGAUAACCAGCAAUUUGAGGUUUUGUUUUAUUCCACUGGCUGAUUUUUUUUUUUUUUUUGGAAUUUGAGGGUCAGCUUGUGGCUUUUAUGAAGCAGAAACCAUGUACUGUACGCCCUCUGCUGGCCUUGGGGGGGGAAACAAACAAAGAAAAGCGAUGGCAAAUUGAAUAAAACUGUUCUCAAAUUUCCAUUUUCAAAGCCCAAAUGAGAAGUAAAAAUUAAAAAAAAAAAAAAAAAAAAGGGUCUCCAGUGCAAGGCCAAAUACUGGAAUCGAACAAUGUUACUGACAUGAAAUGUUCUGCCAUUGAGUGUUUUUUGACUUUUAGACUGAAAUUUGAGUUUUUCUCCCACAUGUUUUCUGUUGUGUUCAGGACUCUGUAGACAUUAAAUUUCACUUGGUUGAAA